AUGUGUCUUAGGCAGUUCUCCUCCAACACCACUGCCAGCAGUUCCUCCAACACCACCAGCAAUAGUUCUCCUCCAACACCACCACCGAAUCAUCUCAGCUCCACUGUUGUUGAAAUGGAUCCUCGCUGUCAUAGCAACACGAGAUUCAUCGGUGUUCGCUUGCGGGUUGUGGGCCAUUUCGCGGCUGAAAUCACUACUGCUGGAGUGCAUGUGUGGCUCGGCACCAUCAACACUAAGCAGGAGGCUGCCCACGCAUACAACGCUACGGCGUGGAGUUUUGCCUGUCCGCGCCACCAAAUGAACUUCCCGGAGGUCAGCCCAAACCCACCGACCGGACCGAACCGAACCACUCCCCAGUCCUCACCCAACCUCCUUCGAUCUCCCCGCCGUCCCAGCGCCGCCUCCCUCACCCAACCCUGCGCCGCCUCCUCCCUCACCCAACCUUGGCCGCAGAGCUCCGCCUCCCUCACCUCCGAUGAGGUCCAAGCGCGGGCCUUUUCCCCCCGCGCGGGCCGCCGCUGCAUCCGUCCAAGCUCGCUGCACGGCCGGCCAGCCGGCGAGGCCGCCCCCGCAACCGCGGUCUUCACCCUGGGGACGAAGGCGACGGCCUUGGUCAGACUGCGCCGCCGCCUCCCUCACCUCACCCAACCUUUGCCGCAGAGCUCCGCCGCACCUCCGGCGAGGUCCAGAACCGGAAGGCGAAGAACCAGCGCGUCCAAGCGCGGGCCUUUUCCCCCGCGCGGGCCGCGGCUGCUGAAUAUCCGAUCUGCAUCCGUACAAGCUCGCUGCAAGGCGUGCCAGCGAGGCCGCCCCCGUCCCUGGCCUUCUCCGUCCGUCGGCUGGGCCUGUAGAUCCGGCUACCGCGGCCGCUAUCAGCCGCCUGCUCGUGCGCAUCGGAGCUGGGGACGAAGGCGACGGCGGCCGUCGCGGUUUCACCGGGUCGUCAUCAGCGCCAAGACACGGAAGGGGAGCCACCAGGAGGACGCCGUCGAGCUCGGCAAGUUGGCUCGCUGCUUCCCCAUGCACGACCUAGGUCAGGCUCUCCUCUUACCAUCUUCAGUUGAUUCUCCGCUGCGAGAAUGCAUCGCUGCUGCACUGCUCAUGCCGUUUCUGUUGUGCACUGUCAAGUGUCGAGGGACAGUUGAGACAAGGCUGGGUGUUGGUGUCUGCUUGCUGCUGCUACCUACCGGAGCUGCUGCCAGAGGCCACCUUUCUGAGCUACUGUCGCCGACCACCUCCCCAGUAAGCUGCUGCUGGUUCAAGGCAUACUGGAAGAGGAGAUGCGGGGUGUGAAGGUGUUGGGACCGGGAGGCGGUGUCGUAUGGGAACCAGGAGGAGGAGGAGGGAGCGUGGUGGCGAGCAUCAUCGGCCACAUCCUGAAGUGCAGCGUGGAGGCACUCAGGUGGCUGAGAAUCGACUAGUAUACACUGAUUACGAUUGUUCUAGAUUAACUGCAGUAUGGAGCCUCCAUUUGCUCUUGUAGAAUUGAUGCAUGAAUUCGUUCUAGAUUCAACACAUGGCUUGGUUCAGAUUAAUUGGACAGGGAUUUUCCAUGUUCCCUAGCAUUUGUUUCUUGUUCAUGGACAGCAAGUUGUUGUUAUGUGAAGAUUGAGAUAGAUCUGAUGCAUACUUGAACUGUUGUGUACAAUAUCAUCGCCUUAUUAUUUACAGUCUUUUCGAAAUAUCUGUAUUUGUUUUGUUGAUCAUGCUAUGUUUCUUGUACGAGGAUAACAAGGAGGACUGAACGACCGUGGUUGCCCCUUC